AUGGCAUCACCAAAGGAGUCAGUAUAUUUGUGUUGCCAUGACAACAAUGGAAAGAACCUUCCCUUGGAAAGUCAGAUUGUAGUCUUCUUGUAUGCAUUCUGUGACCUUACAGCAAAGACUUGUGAAACUGUGCUUGUGAGGAAUGACCGUGUCGUGGCAAAUGAUGGCAGUCAAGAGGACAGCAUCUUUCAUGGGACAGGCAGAGGCUUGAAUAUCAAAGUGGAAGAGAAAGAUGUGAUCCCAGCAUGUGUUCAGAAGUGUCAGCUCCCUGUGCUGCUAACCAAUCACAAUGGAAUAAACUGUUGUAAAUAUGGUCUCGCUAAUGUACUGAGGAAUUUAAUAUACAUAGCAAAUGAUGUACACCCAGAAAGGGAGCUAUUAAAAUUAUUGGGCUAUAAUGAGACCUGUCUCAAAUCUUGUGCAGAAUCAAGUCAAUGGACAAAGCUAUGUGAAAUAGAAAUACCAGAAUCCAUCAGUUAUUUCUGCCAGCACAAUCAUCGAAACGGGACAAUACCAUUCAGU